AAGAAAGCAAUAAACCUUUCUUCAAAUUAUUAUUCUUCUUUUCUAUUUCCAACAUGAUUGGAUUGUUUAUCCUCGAUUCUCAAGCCCUUUUUAAGACUGUAACUCAUCUUGCUACUGAUAUGGUUGCCAAAGAAGUGAUAGACCAACCUAAUGUCAAUCUUGAAUCCCUAAAACAGGUGAUAUUAAAUCUUUUUAAUGCUCCUACUGGCUUAUCUACUACUCCAGGUACAUCUGAUGAGCUCUACAAUGCCACACCACAUGCUCCAACUAGUUUUGUAAAAAAUGAUCUGCCUACUGGUAAUGCAUUAGAUAAUUCUGAGCCUUCGUCUACUUCUUCAUCUGUAUCACUUGUUGAUGUUGCAUAUGAUAUUUUUGAGCCUACAAAUGAGCUUGUUGUCCCAUCCUCGAGUCAUCCUACUUGGGUAAGAAACCCUCCCAGCUGCCUUCGUGAUUAUCAUUGUUUUUCUGCUAUUACUUUUUUACAUGAGCCUCAAUCCUAUCAAGAGGCCUCUUCUAACCCUCUUUGGCAACAAGCUAUAUCUGAUGGUUUUGUGGAGUGUUAUAAGGCACACUUGGUUGCCAAGGGUUUUACACAGGAGUAUGGAAUAGACUAUGAGGAAACAUUUGCUCCAGUUGCUCAUCUCACAUAUGUGCACAAAGAAGAAGUUUAUAUGAAACCACCUCUUAGGCUCAACCAUCCUCCAAAUAAGGUAUGCCAAUUGCGACGCACAUUAUACGUAUUGAAGCAAUCCCCUCGAGCUUGGUAUGCUAAGUUUAGUGCUACUGUGAGUGAGUUUGGUUUUACUUCCAGUCCACAUGAUACAACUCUAUUCAUUUGUGAGACUACUUGGGGUAUGGUUCUUUUACUUCUUUAUGUUGACGACAUGAUUAUUACUGAAGAUGAUGUUGUAGGUGUUGAGGAGUUAAAGCAAUCCCUCAGUCAGAAAUUUGAGAUGAAAGAUCUUGGUGUUUUGAGCUAUUUCCUAGGGCUUGAAGUCACCUCUUCAGUUGAUGGCUACUUGCUUUCUCAAGUAAAGUAUGCCUUCGAUCUUGUUUCUAAAGCUGAACUCAAUGAUGGUAAGAGUGUUUCUACACCUCUUGAACAUAAUGUGAAGCUUACACCUAUGGAUGACUCUCCACUUUCUGAUCUUACUCGUUAUGGGCAAUUGGUUGGUAGUCUGGUUUAUCUUACCAAAACACGCCCUGAUAUAGCAUACGCAGUUCACAUUGUUAGUUAGUUUAUGGCUGCUCCUUGCUCUACUCAUUAUGCAACAGUACUUCGCAUUAUUCGCUAUGAUAAGGGAACAUUAUUUCAUGGACUCCAUUUUUCUACCAACUCUACCCUUGUGCUUCGCGCUGACUCUGAUGCUGAUUGGGCUAGUGAUCUUUUUUAUCAUCAAUCUACCACUGGCUACUGUCUUUUCCUUGGUAAUUCUCUUAUCUCUUGGCGGAGUAAAAACAAGCUAUUCCC